CCACCCUGAAUCUAACAGCCGCCGCAGCCCUAAAACAAACCUAAAAAUAAAACCCUAAAUCAACCGCCCGGCGCCGCCGCCCUAAAACAACCCUAAAGAAACAACACGCACAGCCCCAAAACCCUAAAUCAACCGCCCACCGCCGCUCCUCUUCCACAUCCUCUCUUAUUAAAUCUUUGUUCUACCUCUCUACUCAUUCCUCCUCUCUUCUCUCCCUUCUUUUUUUUUUUUUUUUUUUUUUUAUCCGUCUUCCUUUUCUCCGGUUUCGGCUUCGUCUUCAUCGUCCCCUCCGACGUCGCCGUCGUCUUUGUCCGGCCGUCGUCUGCCAUCCGCUUGCUGUAAGGUGAAGCACCAUGGUAGGAUUUAAGAAUAGAUAUAUGGUGAUGGAGGUUUUCCUGGAUCCCAAUAAAGAUCUUUCGGCGGAUGACCCAAUUAUAAUCACUCAAUUCAAUUUAUCGAAAGCCGUCAAAGAUAGCAUUCUCUCAAACUUUGGGGAAUGUGGUCUAGCAUCGUCGACAAACUCAUUCCAAGUGAAGUAUGUAAAUCCACUUACAAAACUCUGUAUAUUCCGAACUUCAAGGGAGGAUUACCAGAAAGUAUGGGCAGCCGUUACCUUGGUUAGGACUAUUGGAAACUGUCCUGUGGUGUUCAACCUUCUUGACCUCAGUGGAAGCAUCAAGGCUUGCAAAACUGCUGCGUUGAAGUGUGAUGAGAUGAAAUUCGAACAAUAUAAAUUAUCAGCCGCAGAUCGCCUCCCUGCUGAUGCCCACCAAAGAAUGCAAAACUUUCUUGAGAAGAUAAAACACUUGGAGCAUUAAAACCAAAUGGAUCGAAGAAUUUAAGCAGCCUCUGUUUUGUAGCAUCUUCUCACACAGGAGCCGGGCUUUUGCCAAACAGAUGGAUAUUUUGCGGAUCAAACAGCGCAGAAUCAUACUGGCACAUGAUACCCCAAAUUGCCCCUCUCUUUGUUGUCUCCUCGGACAAAACACAAGAUCCGAGUAUUGCCUUAAAUCCGUUAAUGGAAGGCUUCUUCUCCAUCGGACAAAAAUCUUGUAGUGAGGCGAUUUCGAAGAAUUAAACACUAAAUCGACCCCCAAAAAUUUUGUUGUGUAUUCGACUGCCAGUAAGGUUAAUAGGCUUUGGUUGUUGGAAUUUUGUUAACGUAUCGACUCUUUUCGGGGUUGAUCUGAUUAGAGCAUUAGCAGGCCAUUGCAUCGUACCAAUUUGAAUCUGAGUAGAGAUAUUAUUGCAGGCAACAGCCAGACGAGUUCUGUCGAGCGAAACUUUGGUAAUUCAUAUAUGUAUGUUUUAGUGGUUUUUGGAAUAGAACAGAUGUUUUAAGUGAUUUAUGAUUGUUUAAGGAUUCUUUUUUUAUGUUUA